AUGGAACUCGAAAACUCUUUCACUACGAUCAUGACCGCCAUUGUUCCUAGUACUGCUGAUGGCGUUCGCAUUGACUUCGAAGACAGCCAGUUUGGUUGGCACACAGCCAACACGUCUCUGUCGUUGAAAGAUUCCAACGAAACCGGGCAUGUCAUUGAACCCCUCAAAGCUAUAGGUCAUGUGUGGGGCCCUGACACACUCAAACGAGGCAGGACCUAUGUUCUUGUGGGCCCUUUUGGGCAAGACUUGAUGACUGGCGAGAAUGUCAUCAAAUAUCAUUCCGCCACAAAGACCGAGGUAGGGACCCACGGUGCCGAUCUAGACGACUUGGCAGGCAAAGCUCUUGUCAAUGGCCUUGGUCUCCUGCUCAAUGUAUCUUAUGCUGAAGAUCCCGAGAUUGAAGGUGGCUGGAAUUUGACUGUCAAUGCCAAACACGAAUGGUAUGACUCGGUAGGCGAAAUCAUGUUAGAAUUCGCAAUCACAUAUGUCUUUGGACAUAUAACCCCACAUAGGUCCAAAUGGGGCCCUAUUCAAGCGGGGGCGACGAUGUGGCUGAAUGGAACUGUCUUCAAGAAAGAUCCUGUGUCCAAUCGGUUCAUUGUCAAGUAUCUACAUGUAUCUACAUGCUAUCUACAGUGGAUAGGUGACAGUGGAAACGUGGAUAGACAACCACGUGGAUAG